AUGGCAAAUAUGAAGAGAUAUAUAACAGUUGUGUGGUGUUUUUUGGAAACUUUAUUUUUUGGUGGAUUAAUCUAUGGAUGGGGAUCACUGGUAUUUAUUUUGAAGGAUGAGGAUGUUUAUGCAGAUCUAUGUGAUGGUAAUCAACCGGAAUUUAAUUAUUCCAUACCAAUUAAUCAGAGUGUUCAGGUGUUUAACACAAGUUCAAGUAUGAAACGAGGAUGUAAUGAACAAGACUCCAUAUUUACUCUAGUCUUUACUGUAGCAUCAUUUCUCUUCUGUGCUGGUUGUGCUGUUCUUGGUCAAGUGAAUUAUAAAUUUGGUACCAGAGUAACACGAAUACUUUCUUUUUUGAUAUUUGAAUGUGGUGCUCUUAUGAUAGCUUUUGUAAGUCCAAGUGUACCAGCUUUAAUAUUUCCUGGGUUAACUCUUAUUGGUGUUGGUGGAAUCCCUUUAUUAGUUACUAAUGCACAAAUAGCUAACUUGUUUCAAGCUGGUAGCUCUACCAUCGUAGGUUUAAUGUGUGGUGCAUUUGAUGGUUCAUCGGGUGUUCAACUCUUAGUUAAGUUGGCUCAUGAAAGUGGGUUUUCCAGACAAAAAUCAUAUUUUGUUCUAGCUGGAACACAUACUCUUAUUCUGGUCAGCACAUUUCUGUUUCUACCAAAGGGUUUUAUACCUAGAUAUGAUGCACCUAUAGAAACAGAAAUACCUGAAGGUAAUUCUAAGACUGUAGAGAUGAAAUUGAUUAAAGAUAAAUCUGAAGAGAAAUUUGAAUCUGUUCCUCCAAUACAAGCUGAACUGAUCCCUGAACAAAGUGUUGAGAAACCAAAAUUACCUCCAUUACGUAGCUGUAUCUUGUCCAGUACUUACAUAUUACAUGUUAUGUGGGUUUGUGUUCUACAACUACGAUUCUAUUAUUAUAUAGCAUCACUGAAUCCCUGGUUAGAUCUCAUUUUAGAACGUGACCAUGAACAAGUAUCAUAUUUUACCAAUGUUUCAAUGUAUAUGUUAAUUGGUGGAAUAAUUACCUCCCCUUUAGUCGGAGUUGUUUUUGAUUUAUGUAAAUUGAUCUCAAUAAAUAGCCAUUCAGAAUUAAGAAAGACAUUAUUACCAGCAGUACCUCCAUUAAUAAUUGGUAGUUCAUUAGGUGUUUUACUAUCUAUCUUAGUAUUAAUACCAUCACCAACUAUUUUAUAUGUCAUCUUUAUAGUAGUUACCAUCUACAGAUCAUUUCUAUACAGUGUAGCUGCUGCCUUCUUAAACACAAUGUUUCCAAGUGAAUAUUUUGGAUUAUUGUAUGGUUGGAUGGUUAUAACAGCAGGGAUUUUUAGUUUUUUACAGUAUGCCUUGUUUAAAUGGAGUGAAGCUACAAAUUUUUCACAGGUCAACAUCUUUUUUCUCUGUUUUAUGUUUGUGUCAUUUUUUCAUCCUUUAUAUCAAUGGUGGAGGUGUCGUAAAGCAGAGUCUGUAGCCAUAUCUGAAGAUUAACAUUAGGAACCCUUUUGGUGACUCAUUAAUUCCAGGAUAAACUCUUUGGUGGAUAACAUGAUGAUUGCCAAUGUUUUGGUAGUUGGAUUUGGUUGGUCAAGUUAAUGAUUGUUGGAAUAUUGGUAUGAAUUCCUCAGUAAUUAAAAAUACAUGAUGUAUGAAUUUAUUUUAGAAAGAUAUCAAUAAUUAAGUAAUAGAAUUGUAAAACUACUUUAAUUUCAAAAUGCUUAUUUAUCAUAGGCAUACUAUUAAACAGAGUGUGUAACUGCCAAUGUCUGUUAAGUUAUAUCAGUAUUUUUAUAAGUCGUGUUCUUUUUCUUUUCAGUAUAACUGAAUAUUUGAUUUUUAAACUCCUAAUUUUUAAUACCCCAUAAGUGACAGUUUUUUUUAAAAUACCACUAUAAAUGCUGGUAUUUGGCUACAUUUGUUUUAUAAUAUUGUUCGAGACAAGUAUUUUGUACUUUUGCAAAGUAAAUGUUGAUAGAUAUCUUAUUGUUUCAUACAUACAUACAUUGAUACAACAUAACAGAUAUGAGAAUUCAAAAUGGACACUUGUUAUGUAGUUAAUGAAAAUCAUGGUAACAAGAUAUUUUGAUAUAUUUUUUUUUUUUUGGACAUCUUAUUUGUUAUACAUAAUUCUAUCAUAUUUAUACCCAUGACAAUAUUUAAGAAUGUUAUGUAUUGUAAAAAUUUUAUUUUGAUAUAUCAUGACCCACCAUAACUUUAUUCUGAUAUAUUAAGUUUAUUUACCCAUACAUCUAUGGUCAUUUGUUCCUAGGAUGGAGACUUUCUAGUUUCUGAAUAUAGUGUGAUUUCAUUUUUUGAUCUUUUUGCUAUGCUCACUGUUGUUUUGUUGCCUUUUUUAUUAGAUCUUGCUUAGUACUUUUUUAUUAUAUAUUACAAUGUGAAGAUAUAUGGUUGUCAUAUAUGAGAAACUCCAGUUUUGAAUUAAUAUUGAUGAAGGUUUGCAGAGGUAUUGCCGUGCAUGAAAAUUUAUGGAAACAUUAUGGUACUGGGUUUCUGAUACACAUAUAUAAAUAACCCUCUUCCAAUCCCUUUUAAUUUUUAUGUUUUUCCUGAAAGUAAGAAGUCCUCUAAAAGAAAUUGGUUCUUUGGUUAUAAUAAUUGAUUUAUUUUGUUUAUUUUUUGUUUGAAUAUGUGAUUAGCAUUAUUAUUUUACUUUAUUUUGAGGUAUUCAAAUAUUUUAUAAUAAAAAAAAAACAUUUAAUCCAU